AUGUCGGUUCUACCACCUUCACCUGACUUUUUAAAUUCUGGUGAAGACAUCAAGUAUAAUGUGCUUCAUUCAAUCUUCUGUGAAUGUGGUCAGAAGAUUGCAAAUAACCAAUCAGAAAUGCAACGGUUGAAGGACCAGCUCAGACAAGACUAUAUCGUGUGCAGGAUCGACUACAUCAAUCUACAGCACAAGCUGGAUGACCAUGAUCAAAAGUUUAAAGUUGUUUGUGUUGCGAUGAGUGGCAUGAUGGUGGGGAUGCUAGUGUUGCUGGUGGUUGUGCUCAAUUUCAUUGUUAAGCUUCGGCGAUGGGUGGAUUUGAAGAAAUGGUGGUUACAAAGCAUAUUAGAUGCUUGUUCAAGUGUUAUAGCUUGGGUUGAUGAAAUUUAGUGCAACAAUGAAGGUGUGAUCAUAAUUGGGUUGUUUAGGUCGCACAAAAAGCUUCAAUAUGAGGUCUUUAAGUUGAAGGUGUACCUAAUAUGUAG